AUGUCUCCAGACUUUGGAAGGUGCCUCGUGGCCAUCUGGGGCAAGAACCUAAGGCACCGUGAACCUGAAGUCUCAGUGGACGCGACGACUCCCUCAGUAUCAGCACAAACUUUAUCACCGAGUAUAAAGCACAGGAGUAUCCCGCCUAUGAAUGGAAUGGUUCAUCACUACUCAUACCAUCGUGGAACAUUCUUCAAGUAUCCCUCAAUCACGUCGAUACCCACGCGCGAAAACCACAAGACAAGCCAAGCACCAGCCCAAGCGCCACUUCACGAUAUCAUCACAUUACAAGACCUGCACGACCUAAAACUACAAUCAAUACUUGAUAUAUCGUCACAAAUCGUCACUAUGCCUCCUUUGAUACAAACCCUCGCCCUCAUGGCCCGCGACAUGGAAGAAAACAACGAUGUCCUUGAGAGCAAAUCCCCAGGCCCUUCCGCAACCCUCAGGAUCGUCGCAGCAAUGUCGACAUGUGGCUGGAUCACAUUCGGCCUAAUAAGCGGUCUGGUCCUCAACACACGCGGAAAAGCUAGUAGUUUUGUCCCAGAGUGGUAUCUCGACUCUAACGGCACGGUCUGGGCAAAACUCGCUGUGGCGGCCUGGUGGACGUUUGUGAUUCUGUUCUGGCCUGCCAUAUGGGUGGUCUAUGUGAUCUUCGCUACUGGGAGGGCUAUUCUGAAACUGUUUUUGAAGUGUACUGAGAAGAGGAAGGAGAAGAAGGAGAGGGAGACUGCUGAGGUUGUUGUUGUCUGA